CUCUCUCUCUCUCUUCGAUCUCGUCCAUAAAUGGAGGCGGUUGCUGCGCGCUCAUAAUUAUCAAUCAUUCACGGUCGAGUUUUCGCAAGUCCUCCCUUCCUCUAGCUUCGUUCGGCUCAAGCUUUAUCAAUUCAAUCUUCUUCAUCAAGUAAGUGGAAGCUCCGACGUCAGAACCAAACUCACCGCAAUUGUUAUUGCUUCCUAGCUCGUUCUAAGGUUCUUUUCUUUUCUUUCAUGGUAAUACCAGAAAACAAAAGAAAAGAAAAUGUUUGACUCUUGGUUAAAGGGAAAGUUCUUUUCCAAAUGCAAGGCGGGAAUCAAGCUGACCAAGACUCGGGUAGAUUUGAUACGGAGAAAGAGGAAUGCAAUGCAGAAGUAUUUAAGGAAUGAUAUCGCGGACCUUCUCAAGAAUGAUUUAGAUAUGAAUGCAUAUGAAAGGUGUGAAGAUUUUCUGGUUGAACUCAACCACUCGAGGUGUUAUGAUCUAAUGGAUCAGUACUGUGAACAGAUCUCAAACAAUCUUCCAAUCAUGAGUAAACAGAGGGAAUGCCCUGAGGAUUGCAAGGAAGCCGUGUCGACUUUGAUGUUUGCAGCAGCAAGAUUUGGUGACGUUCCAGAAUUGCGCCAUCUGAGAACCGUAUUUGCUGAGAGAUAUGGCAAUGCCCUCGAUUGUUUCGUUAACAAAGAGUUUGUUGAAAAGCUCAAGUCUAGGAAACCAUCCAAAGAUAUGAAGCUUCAGUUGAUGCAAGUUAUAGCAUCUGAGUGGGGUAUAGACUGGAAUUCAAAGGCCUUGGAGCAGAAGUUGUAUAAACCACCUACAAUUGAACAAGAGUCGUUCAUGAAUUGCAAUGAUCAAGAAGCAUACAAGUUAGAUGAAAAAGCUGAGAAGAAAGGAGAGAAUCAUCAUCUUUCCAAUAGAAAUCCUGAAAAAGAAUCUGAGGUUCCAGUCUAUCAUAACCCAAUCCCCCCUCCCUACACUAAAUCACGAGAAGAAAAAAUGAAAGGUGCUUUGGGCAGGGAUGUUGAUGAACAAAAAGACAGUGAUGAUAAAGAAGCCAGGCCAAAGCCAAAAUCAGUUAGGAGGAUACGAACCCACCGGGCACUUAGUGAUGAGAAAGUGGGUUCAAGAGAUGAACACAGCAAUCAGCGAGAUGAAGAGAUGAAGAAGUUGGACUCACUUUUGGAACAUUACAGCAGAAAAAACAGUGCAGGUGGUAAACCAGACACAGAAACAAAGCCAUCAUAUGAACAAAAUGAAGCUAGUAGCUCCAGCAGAAUCCCAAGCCGAAGAUCAGUAGAUGUCCCUCCAAGUAGAUCAGCCUCCCUCCCAACCGAAACCCAACAAUCAAGUCCAACCGAACUUUCAAAAGGGCAUUUUAGAUCGGCUUCAUAUCACGUUGAGACGUGUAAUCCAAAAGGACAUGUCCAUCCAAAGCUGCCAGAUUAUGAUGACCUCGUAGCUCUGUUGGCAGUUGCCAGAGCAAGCAUGAAAGAAUGAUAUGCAGUUCUUGCUGCAGAAUGUUAAUGUUCUUAGCCUUACCUAGUUCGAUUCUUUAAUUUGUUUGCAUGAUAGGCCUUAUCAUCAGGAAUCAUUGUAAGUAAACAUGUCAUCUGUACAAAAGCUCGAUCAGAUUCUAUA